AUGUCGGACCAAGCAUCAUCAACUGAUACAUCUGGCUCGACUGAACUUAAAGCUGGUCAUGCUCCAGCUACUAAAGUAGGUGGUAUGCGUGUUGGUGCACCUCGACCACGACAUACAUCACAAGGUGAAGAGAAGAAUGCUGCUGCUGGUACUGGUAGUAAUGCUGAAAAUACUGAAGGUGCUGAAGAAUCAUCAGGCGAUAAUGCAGCUACAACCGAAACUAAUACAACACACGAAACACCUGUUGAAGAUGUUGAUAAUGAAGAGCCUAUAAGCACUGUUGCUCAUCGUACAGCUGGUGAAAUGGUUUCAGGAGUAUUUGUACCAAUUGAGAAGGCAUAUCCAACUGAAGCUGUAAAAAAUAUACAUGAUAAACCUGGUACACAUCCUAAAAAUCAAAUUCAUACUCAUACAAAACAUAAUGACCAAAAGUUUAUCAAUCAACCACGAAAGCAAUAA